AUGCUCUAUCCCGAGCCUGCGAUGCAGCAGAACUUCUCGACAUCCCAGAUGGACCUCAGCAUCAACUCUGACGCCUACUCAUAUACUCAGCAGCCCAGAUACGACCAGGCGCCGUCAUAUACGGACGCAGCCCCCCAGUACAUGUACAACAACAAAAUGUCCCCUGGCCUCUACCACGACGACGCAGACCUCCGCGGACCUUCCUCAAAUCUCUCGACUGCCUCGGUCCCGUCUGCGCCGUCCUCUACCCUCGGAUCCCCAAGCUCAAAUCACGGACAGAUCGCCUACAUCCCCGAGCCUCAGCAUCACGUUCUGAGCUUGACCCCUGGCAUCGUUGGCCACGGCGAGUACUUUGCUUCAGGUACGGAUUACGCGUACCACCCUACCGGCAUGGAGGAAUACGCCGUGCCGCAAUUCGAGGGCAAGCCUGGCUUUGUUGAUCCCUCCCUGAUCCACCCAGAGAUCAGAGGCCCCUUGGGCCCCCAUAUGCAGCAGGGUUUCGACGCCGCUGCGGCUUACCACUCUCCCCAAAACAUGUUCCCUCACUCUCCCGCCCUCUCUGGCGCCACGUCACCAGCUCCCGGCAUGCGCCCAGGAUCGCAAUCGCCGUACAUGCAAGGCUUCCAGCAAUACAGCCCCUUCACCGCACCUCCCCAAGCUGGGCGCCGCCAGAGCCUCUCUUCAUACCAGUCCCACGGCUCUCACGAAUACAUGUACGGCGCCGACGAGACCAAGGACAAGCAGCGAUGCCCGCACCCGGACUGCGGCAAGAUCUUCAAGGAUCUCAAGGCGCACAUGCUGACACACCAGAAUGAGCGCCCUGAAAAGUGCCCCAUCCAGACCUGCGACUACCACGUCAAGGGCUUCGCGCGCAAGUAUGACAAGAACCGCCACACCUUGACGCACUACAAGGGCACAAUGGUCUGCGGUUUCUGCCCCGGAUCUGGCUCUGCCGCGGAGAAGUCGUUCAACCGCGCCGACGUCUUCAAGCGCCACCUGACGGCCGUGCACGGCGUCGAGCAGACUCCCCCCAACAGCCGAAAGAAGAGCUCGUCAUCUGCCGGCAGCAGCAAGAAGCUUACCGGCUACGCUCCCGAUGCUACUGGAAAGUGUUCUACCUGCUCGGCCACCUUCUCCAAUGCCCAGGACUUUUACGAGCACUUGGAUGACUGUGUCCUGCGCAUUGUGCAGCAGGAGGACCCUGCUGAGGCCAUCAACGCCAAGCGCCUGGGCGAGGUCGAGAACGAUGCCGAGGUCGUGCAGACUCUCGAGAAGAACCAUUUGCCGCUCACAACAACCCAGACGACCUCGAUGUCUGAGGACGAGGAUGAGGAUAUGUGCUACGAGUCGGAUGAGGACUCAAAGAACCGCAAGUUCUCCACAACUACCAAGCGCACAAACCCUGCCGGCGGUGUCCAGAAGUCGCGCGGCAUGACACACUCUCGCGGUGGUGGCCCUGCUCUGCACACCAAGAGCAAGAGCCGCAAGAACCGCCGCGACUACCCUUCCUCUUGGGGCUUCGACAAGGGCCAGAUGACGAUGAAGAAGCGCGUCAUGACCGUCUUUGACGGUCCUCGGCGCUUGGCCAAGGACGACAUGAUGCUGUCUACCGAACACGAGGUGCGCAUCAAGCUCUCCGACGGCCAGUCCUACGUCACCGACCUGGACAUGAACACCCUCAAGCGCGCAGAGGCUUUCCACGCCGCCACCGAGGAAGAGAAGGGUCCUUGGAUCUCUGACGAUCCCACCGAGGAGGACAUGGCUCGCAUGCUUGCCAUGUCUGGCCAGAACUAA